AUGAGCAGGAACACCUUCAUGAAGAAAUUGGCCGACAAGAUAAACUACAAGGCCGACGACAAUGAGAUUUAUGAGAAACGAUUGGCCUUGGCACAGUUGCUGGAGGAGUUUGGUUCGCUGCCAAUGCUUGUUGUAAGUGGAUUUUUGCAAAAGAGUAUCGGUGGGAUGUUUUUCAAUGGAACGGUCGCCUUUGUCGGCAUCGUUAUGGCGUGGAUCUUGCCGGCCAACGCCUUGUUUGAUGCUUUUCUUUUUCUUUCAAUAUUCACGCUUUUGAAGAUCGUGUUUUCGGCGGCUGCAGUUGAUAAAGCGAUCGAUGACAUGCUAAAGAAUGUCAAGAAUAGAGAGAUUAUUUACGAAAAACUCCUGAAGAGUAUGGCCAAGCACGCAGUCUGUACCCGUACCGCCUUCGAGACCCUCGGAGCUCAGAACCAACUUAUGCUUAUGAUAGUACUAACCUUUUUCGCCUUCUUUAUCCCCCUGCCCGUCUUCGCCACCAUCGGCCUUCUGCUCGUCGCAUUAUUCCCCGUUUAUAACAUAAUCUCGAAACAGGAGGCAGAACGAUUCCUGGCCUCACCACCGGUCUCUCCACGUGUGCGAACAAACCACCCUAUUCGCGGUGGGGUUCCCGACUCUCUUGUCAAUUCCCUGCGUAAUGAUCAAGCAGCUAAUGAUGCAGGGUCUCAACUGGUCACAUCUCUCAUCCCGCCGCCACCACCACCACCGCCAGCUAAGCUUGGUGAAUAA